GGUUUUAUUACGUACGCAGAGUCGAGUCGGUCUGACGGUAAAGGGUUUUCUACACUGUCAUUUAUUCAUUCCUUCCCCUUUCUCAAUCCUUAGGGUUCGAACUCCUUUUCUUCGAUUGCACGCCAAUUUCUCCGCAACUCCAACCCGAUCGUUGCAAAUGGAAAAUGGAGGAGGUCAUUUGGAGGCGAAAAUUGAGACGUUGCUUAACGUGGAGAAGCAGAUGAGGCAAGCGGGAGAUGUCGUGGGCACGCGGAAAGCUGUUACCGAUAUUCUGCAGCUCUGCUUCGAUGCCGGCGCUUGGAAAACGCUCAACGACCAGAUUGUGCUCAUUUCCAAGCGCCGUGGACAGUUGAAACAGGCUGUUCAAGCUAUGGUCCAACAAGCCAUGCAGUAUAUUGACCAGACUCCUGAUCUGGAUACCAAAGUAGAGCUAAUUAAGACCCUUAACAACGUAUCUGCUGGGAAGAUAUAUGUGGAGAUAGAGAGAGCUCGAUUAAUAAAGAAACUUGCAAAGAUCAAAGAAGAGCAAGGGCUUAUAGCUGAAGCUGCUGAGUUGAUGCAAGAGAUUGCGGUUGAAACAUUUGGCGCCAUGGCAAAAACUGAAAAAAUAGCUUUCAUACUCGAGCAGGUCCGUUUGUGUUUGGAUCGUGAGGACUAUGUCAGAGCACAAAUACUAUCGAGAAAGAUAAGUCCUAGGGUUUUUGAAGCUGAUACUUCCAAAGAAAAGAAGAAGCCUAAAGAAGGUGAGAGUAUUGUUGAAGAGCCUCCUGCAGAUAUUCCGUCAUUGUUGGAGUUGAAACAGAUUUACUACCAACUAAUGAUUCGGUAUUAUGUUCAUAGCAAUGAUUACCUUGAAAUAUGUCGAUGCUACAAGUCCAUAUAUGAAAUUCCAUCGGUUAAAGAAGACCCUGCUUUGUGGAUUCCGGUUCUGAGAAAAAUAUGCUGGUAUCUGGUCUUGUCACCCCAUGACCCAAUGCAGUCCAGUCUUCUUAACUCAACUCUGGAGGAUAGGAACCUUUCAGAAAUUCCUUAUUUCAAAUCUCUGCUGAAACAAUUAGUUACCAUGGAAGUUAUUCAGUGGACAGCCUUGUGGGACACAUUCAAAGAGGAGUUUGAGAGUGAAAAGACCAGGUUUGGUGGUUCUUUGGGUGAAAAAGCAACCGAGGAUCUGAAACUCAGAGUAAUCGAACAUAACAUUCUUGUCGUCUCAAAAUACUACUCACGGAUAACCUUGAAGAGACUUGCUGAUUUAUUAUGCCUUACCACCCAGGAGGCUGAGAAACAUCUCUCUGAUAUGGUUGUGUCGAAAGCCCUGGUGGCGAAGAUUGACAGACCCAUGGGGGUUGUAUGUUUCCAAGUCGCCAAGGACAGCAAUGAUAUUCUAAAUACAUGGGCAUCGAACUUGGAGAAACUGCUCGACCUUGUAGAGAAGAGCUGCCACCAAAUUCACAAGGAGACAAUGGUUCACAAAGCUGCUGUGCUCAAAGUUUGAAAUGCCGGAUGCCAUCUAGAACAAAAUCCUUAAAUUUUUUUUGUAAGUGCCGACUGUGAUGACACUUUUUUUUCGCUUGGUUAUGAUUUUCGGUAUGACUUAAUUUGGCAGGCAAGGUAUGAAUUAUAUAUCCUCCAUCAUUCUAUUGAUUUGGGACGCACAGAUUUUCGCCAUAAUUCCUUUGCUUUGCUGCACAUCAUUUGGCCUUUGGCAUUAAAUCAUAGUGGUUCUGUUCUAGUGA